AGGAGAACUACAGCAACCUGGUCUCCGUGGCUGGGACUUCUGGUAGCUGUGUUGAGCAGGAGCAGCAGGAAUGGACACCCUACUUUUGUUCCUUAUCUCAGAGUGGUGUCUUCUCAUUACAAAAAAGCCUUGUUACCCCAGGAAGCUGUAAAAGACUCAUUCCAAAGAGUGCUCCUGGGAAGAUGUGGGAGCUGUGACCCUGGGGACUCACACCUGAGGACACACUGGGACGGGGAGGCUGAGCGUGGAGGGCAGGACGGCCGUCACGGAGGAGUGCAGAGUCAUGGGAGGAGCCCCCGGGACAAGCCCCUCCCUGUCCGUGGGGACCCGCAGCCUGGGGUGACUCAGGACACAACCCAGUGCAAGUCAGUUAUUAUUUCAGAAAACAGUGUUACUGUGAGUAAAUUUCAUCAUGCAGUUUUGAAACAUAACUCUUCUCCAAAGGAAAACCUGGAAAAUCUGAAAAUUGAGGAAGGGUAUGGUGCAAAUAAUCUGUUGAAUCAUUUUAAAUAUAGCAAUGCACUAGACAUUAAGUCGUACAAUUUGGAUGACCAAAGACACAAUGAGGGAAAAAUGUGUAAAUAUGUUGAAAUUGCAAUUUCUUUGAUAAAGGAUUCAUUAUUCUGUCAUGGACAAAUAAUACCUACUUGUGCCAAAACCUACAGUUUUGAGAACUCUCAGAGAGAUUCCAUCUACCCAUCAUUUCUUAAUGAAUAUCAGUGUAUUGAUAAUGAGGAAGAACCUUACAGGCAUAAUAAUACUAGGCAGGCCUUUAGGAUGGGCUCGCUAUCAAGUAAUUGCCAAGGUAUUUACAUUCAGAAGAGAGCGUAUCAACCUGCAGAACAGGGAGUAAAGUAUGACAGAGGAUCACUCCACAGAGAACAGCAGAGGGCUCAGAUUCCCGAAAACCGUUGCCCGUGCAGUGACUGUGGACAAGUCUUCAAGGAAUCGUCACACAUUAUCAGGCACGACGGUGUCCACAUUGGAGAGACGACUUACAAAUAUAAGGAGAGUGGGGAAACUUUUAAACAUUUCUCAAAAGUGAUUAAAUAUCGGAGAAUUCACACUGGAGAGAAAGCUUGCAAAUGUAAAGAAUGUGGGAAAGCCUUCAGUCAGACCUCGCCCCUAGAUUAUCAUGAGAGGAUCCAUCCUGGACAGAAACCAUACAAAUGUAAAGAGUGUAGCAACUCCUUUCCCCUUGCCUCAGAUCUUACUGUGCACAAAGGAAUUCAUACAGGAGAGAAACCUUGUAAGUAUAAGCAGUGUGGAAAAGCCUUUAGUAAUUCGUUAAGUAUGAAUCAACACAAGAAAAUGAAUAAUGGAGUGAAGUCUUACAAGUGUGAGGAAUGUGGCAAAGCUUUUAGGUGGGGCUCUCAACUCACUGAACAUCAGAGAAUUCAUUCUGGAGAGAAACCUUACAGAUGUACAGAAUGCAGCAAAUCCUUUACUUGUUCUUCAGGUCUUUCUAUCCACCUGAGAGUUCAUACGGGAGAGAAACCUUACAAGUGUAAAGAAUGUACCAAAUCCUUUAGUUUUCGCACAAGUCUUAUUGUGCACCAGAGAACUCAUACAGGAGAGAAACCCUACAAAUGUAAAGAAUGUGGCAAAACCUUUAAGUGGGGUUCAUGCCUUACAGAACAUGAGAGAAUUCAUUCUGGACAGAAACCUUACAAAUGUAAAGAAUGCAGCAAAUCUUUUACUCGUUCGUCACAUCUAACUGAGCACCUGAGAAUUCAUACAGGAGAGAAACCUUACAAGUGUCAGGAAUGUGGCAAAGCUUUUAAGUGGAGCUCCAAACUUACUGAACAUCAGAGAGUUCAUUCUGGACAAAAACCUUACAAAUGUGAAGAAUGCAGCAAAUUCUUUACUUACUCCUCAAAUCUUAUUGAGCACAGGAGAAUUCAUACAGGAGAGAAACCUCACAUGUGUGAAGAAUGUGGCAAAGCCUUUAAGCGGGGCUCACACCUAACUCAACAUCGACGAAUUCAUUUUGUACAGAAACUAUACAAAUGUACAGAAUGCAGUAAAUCCUUUACUUGUUUCUCAGGUCUUACUAUGCACCAGAGAAUUCAUACGGGAGAGAGACCUUACAAGUGUGAAGAAUGCGGUAAAGCCUUUACCCAGGCCUCACUCCUUACCCAACAUCAGAGAAUUCAUUCUAGACAGUAUCUUUACAAAUGUAAAGAGUGCAGCAAAUCCUUUGCUCGUUCCUCACAUCUUACUGUGCACCAGAGAAUUCAUACAGGGGAGAAACCUUCUUCUAUUUUCAUACUCUCUUUUGUUUCCCAUUGCUGUUUGAGUGUUUUCUGUAUGUAUUUUCUUUGA